ACAUUCCUUCCCUGGGAAGGAAGACCCCUCCCCACCCCCCAUGCCUUGAUAGAGGUGUUAACAGAAGUCACCAUGGCUUGGUCCUGCAGCCUGAAGAGCCUCCUUACACUCCUUGUCUUUACCACCUUCGAUGUCAGCUCUGAGGAGAGUUACCAGUGUACAGCACAUCAAUGUGGAAAUGAAACAUGUCCUGAGAAUGCAGACGUUUGUACAACCACUAAAGGCUGCUUCAACCAAAUGCAGAAAUUUGAUGCACCAGAUACAUACCAAAUGUUUAAGCAUAAAGGGUGUGCUGAAGAAACCAACACAUGCAGUGAACUGGAAUUCUCGGCAACGCUGGGGGCUCAACGGAGGUUUACAUAUGUGAACCGGUGCUGCACAUCUGAGAAAUGCAACCAAGAGGACAUAACUCUAUCUCCACUGCCUGCAGAAGCCAACGGUGUUCAGUGUCUCUCCUACUAUAUGGAGCCAGGCAUGCUGAAUAUCCCAGUUCUCCUGAACUGCACAGGAAAUGAGACAAAGUGCGGUUUGGUUAUCGGCACAGUAGUGGGAAGCAGCAACUUCUUUUCCUUGGUGAUGGCCGGAAUGGGCUGUGCGACAGAAAGUGCCUGCAACCGGACUGUGACUGUCCUCAACAACACAAACAUCCGCACCAUCUGCUCGGAUGAGUUCAUUGUAUCUCCAACCCACCCAUCAGUUCCGGAUAGCACUGGUUUUCGACCUACAGCCGUCUCAGCAGUACCAAUUCUGAUUACUCUCCUCCUGCUGAAAGUCUUGUUUUGAUCUUCCAGGCUUAGGCAGUCCCAUAGUACUCCACACACACUUGUCGGGCGUCCUUCAAUGUAGGAGAAUUAAAAGCUGGCGAUUGCUUGGCUUGUUUGUAUUUCAGCGUAAAAAAACCCCACUCCAUUUUC